CGUCUCCACAUUUCUUUUAUAAAUCUAAAGAGUAUACGUGCGCAAAAGAAUAAUUAUAAAAAUAAAUAAAUCUAAAUCUAAAUAACUCUCAACCGGUGUGCCCCAAUGGAAUCCGUAUCGGCCGCUGGUCCCGUCGCCGCUGACGAUCAUCUCUCAUCAUCUCCAAUGGCGGUUAUAUCUCGAUGGAGAUUCAAUGUAUCGCAGCGGUACCAACACUUAUUGGACAAGGCGGUCCCGCAUAUCCUCUACCGUUGGUUGGCCUGCCUAGCUGUGGUCUUCAUCUAUGCCCUACGCGUGUACCUUGUUCAAGGCUUCUACAUCAUCACCUACGGCCUCGGCAUCUACAUGCUCAAUCUAUUAAUGGGCUUUCUCUCGCCGCAGAUCGAUCCCGAGAUGAGCGACGGGCUUGGACCCACUCUUCCAACCCGCGAAUCCGACGAGUUCAGGCCCUUUGUUCGCCGCCUGCCCGAGUUCAAGUUCUGGUACUGUAUUACAAGGUCCUUCUGCAUUGGUUUUGUGAUGACAUUCUUUAGUGUGUUUGAUGUGCCUGUCUUUUGGCCUAUACUCCUUUUCUACUGGGUGAUGCUAUUCACUCUCACUAUGCGGAAACAAAUCAUGCACAUGAUCAAGUACAAAUAUGUUCCAUUCUCUUUCGGAAAACAGCAAUAUGGAAAGAGGGCAUCCCCAAGUGACUCCAUUAGCCUUCCUGAGGACUAAGGUCGUCAAGUAGCGGCAACCAUAUAUGCGCCUCUUGAAGCCUGCACAUUGGUGGCUUAAUUUAUUAUUAUUUAUUAUAUAUUAUUAUUAUUACUGUUAUCCAUUUUUUCAUUCUCUAGUUGACAGCAGGAGCACUUAAAGGAUGUGGUGGUCAUAAUCAAGAAGCAGAUUUUUGCCGAGCAACCUUUCAAAUGCCCUGGUAGAAAAUUUUAGAGUAGGGAAUUCAAGCUGUUGCUAGUUUUUUUUUUCCCCCAUAAAGAACCCUUGUAUAGAAGGUACAUGCCACUUUUGUAGUUGCUUUGACAAUGACCCAGUAACUUGUGCUUUAGAGAAGGGAAUGGUGAUCUAGAAGAGCAAAUGAGUAUUGUUUAAAUUUAAUUUGAAAUUCUACAUCUUUUCAGUUUAAA